UUCUCUCAUACGAUUCUGACCGUGUACAUUGCUCUUUCGACGACUACUGGUCUUGUGGUGUACGAGUCACACCGCACCUUGCACGAACUGUUUUGCAGAUUUUAGACAAUGCUGUGGCGUUUUAUUGUAAACUGACAGUGUUAGAAAGCGUUUGUUUAUGCACACGAUAACAGUUUAAUAUCACGGGACGAUGUUUAUAUUCAUUUUUUUUUCUUUUUUUUUUUUCAAAAUGGUUGUCUCCUUGCUCAAUGUGAAUAAAACGCUUACAUUCAGAGGUCGUGACAGAUUAGGAUUAGAGAACGUCACUGAAACUACAGUAGAGUUCAAGUAGUUUACAGUGCCACUGCCAUCAGUAGCACUUAUAUGAGACAAUUUGAAUGACACAAUGGAGGAGAAAAACAAGAAACGUAAAAGCCCAAGACCGCCUUCCAACCAGCCGCCUCCCCCGGUCACUGCACGAAAAACUACGACGUCCAACAGUAGAUCAUUAGGUGUCAGUGGCAUGGGUCCCCACACAAAUCAGAGGACAAAAUAUCGCAGGGGAGUGAGAGAUAAACCCAGGCCUCAAAGUCAGUCGGGCAAAAGUAACCAGUCGGCCCCCAUCCAGCACUCGUUUCUUACAGAUGUGUCUGAUGUACAGGAGAUGGAGAAGGGUCUGCUCGGCCUCCUUAAUGACUUCCACUCUGGAAAAUUACAAGCCUUUGGUAAUGAGUGUUCCAUCGAUCAGAUGGAGCAUGUGCGAGAAAUGCAGGAAACACUGGCUCGCCUGCAAUUUGAUCUGUAUGGAGAAGUGGAUGAGAUGCCGGAGGACCAGAAGAAGUCAGCUUAUGACACUAACAUGGAUAAACUUUUAUCAAAUCUGGAAGAGUUGAGCUCCUCAAUACAAAAGCUAAACCUUGCUGACAGUCAGGAUGUCCCCAGAACUUCCAGCAUAUGAACUAUAAAGGUUUUAAAGUGUCUACCACGGAGCAUACAGUGUUCAUAUCUACCACAGAAUCACUAUGAUGAGAUGGCAGUAUUAUAGUCCUGCAUCUGUGAUACUGUGGAACUUAAACCUAUAGAAUUGGUCAUUUUGGCUUGUUUGCAAUCUAUAGUUUUAGAGAUACAAUAUCAAAGAAAUAAUCCAAGCAAUCAUGAUGAAUUGCACACCUGAUUUGGUGUCUUUCGUAUGGGAUCAUUUGAUAUUGUUACCAUAAGAAAUGUUUCUCAAGAUAAUGUUUUCUUACAUUGUGAGAUCUAAUCAAUUAUGUCUUAAAUGUUGCCUUUGAGUUGUACAAUAACAGCACCUUUGCAUUAUCACUAAUUCACUUUAACAAGGGACAGUCUGGGUUUUUCUUUAAGGUUCAGUUUGUUUCUUAACCAAGUCAGGUCUGAAGGCAAUUCAUAGAAAGAUAAUGGCUGUUUUCAUCAAGAUGUCAAUUCCUCAAGACUACUGAGACUGCAAAAUGAAAGUGAAAUUACAUUACAUAUAUAUUUUGCUGUUAUAGUCAUAUAGUUACACAUUUUGAUUUAAAUCAAUGAAAUGUAAAGUGUAAACUACUGCUGGUACUUGUUGAUUGUCUAACUAUUAAUUCAAUGCAUCAAACAAACACAUUGUAAUGUCAAGUUGGAUGAACAGUAAGGUAUGAUCCACAUCUUAUUUUUCCAUUUAAGUAGGCUGCAUAUGCUAAGAUUAUCUCUAUGCAUGCAUGUCUUAGCGAAUAUGCAUCAGCUGAUGAAAGAAACAUAGCUUUCACUUUUAUAAUAAAAUAACCAUAACAUGA